CUGCUAGUCCCUAACUUGCCUUUGGGCAGGAAAAAGAAACUUGUGAGAAAUCGAAACUGCACUGCAGAGUUGGUCACAGAGAAGAGCCCACUGUCCAGACUCACAACGUGUCCUGCUUCAGCACCAUGAACAACACGACCCAGACCUUCUUCUCCCAGGCCAAUGUCAGCCUCUCCCCAAACUACGAGAGACUCCAGGAAGAACACGAGGUUUCUGUGCUUGGGGUCACCCAUGGUCCGGUUCCCCCAACAUCCACUGUGAUCAACAUCCGCAGCGACACUGCUGUGCCUGACCAUGUGGUCUGGUCCCUCUUCAACACGAUCUUCAUGAACAUGUGCUGCCUGGGCUUCAUAGCCUUUGCCUACUCCAUAAAGUCUAGGGACAGGAAGAUGGUGGGCGAUGUGAUCGGGGCCCAGAGCUACGCCUCCACUGCCAAGUGCCUGAACAUCAGCGCCCUGGUCUUGAGCAUCAUUCUGGUCAUCAGCCUCAUCUUUGUGUUUGUCUUCACCUCUGUGCAGUUGUUCACAUGAUUCUCAGAGCCACUAGACCUGCAGUUUCCUUCCCUGUACACCAGUCAUGGCCUUGGGCUGGGCCUUUCCUGAACUCCACAAUCUGACCAGCUGUCCACCAUUGGGAUCAAUAAAAUGCAUAUUCCUAC